AUGCUGGCCAUGCUGAAUCGGGUGUUGGACUGGUUCCGGAGCCUGUUCUGGAAGGAGGAGAUGGAGUUGACGCUCGUUGGCCUCCAGAAUUCCGGCAAGACGACCUUUGUUAACGUUAUCGCGAGUGGUCAAUUCACGGAGGACAUGAUCCCGACGGUUGGCUUCAAUAUGCGAAAGAUUACGAAGGGGAAUGUGACGAUUAAGUUGUGGGAUAUCGGAGGUCAGCCGCGAUUCCGGUCGAUGUGGGAGCGGUACUGCCGAGGCGUGAACGCUAUCGUAUUUAUGGUCGAUGCGGCCGAUGAGGAUAAGCUUGAGGCGUCGCGCAACGAGCUGAUGCAACUUCUCGACAAGCCCCAGCUCGACGGGAUCCCGGUGCUCGUGCUCGGCAACAAGAAGGACCUUCCCGGGGCCCUCGACGAGCCUCAACUCAUCGAAAGAAUGAACCUCGCCGCCAUCCAGAACCGCGAGAUCUGCUGCUACUCGAUUUCGUGCAAGGAAAAGGAAAAUAUUGAUAUUACGCUUCAAUGGCUCAUCCAGCACUCGAAGACUCCCCGA